GUUCGUAACGUCGUCGAGUUGAAAUCGAAAGAGCUAGAUCAGAAUCGAUAUAUAAGAAGGCAGCAGUGACAGCGCAGAAAGCAGGAAGCAAAUCGGCUUAAAGUGUGUUUCUCUGUGCACCUGAAGUUUCUGGGCUAUUACAUAUUUCACCAAAGAUUCGCUUCAGUGAUCACGACCGCAAAGAAAAAACGGCGAAAGAAAGGAAAUUGCAGCUAGCACAAAGCGGCUAAAAAGUAUUGCAUACCACAAGGCUGCCGUGAAAAAUAGAUAUCGAUUUGCCAUAAAAAUAAGAAUCUGAACGCGACUCUCGCACAAGUUAAACGGAAGUCUAAUCUAAUUUGGCCUAUGACAAUACAAACGCACUUUCUUCACCACGCAUAUAGGUGCGUGUCCGUAUAGAGAGUGAGCUAGAGACUGAGAGAGAGGACAAUAAAGUAAGGGAAGGGGAUAUAUUCAAGUUUAAAGGCAAAGCGCGAGUGUUUCACCCAUGAAAACUUAAAAAAAGCAAAGCCAAUCGUCGAAUCGAGAAUAUAUAAGCCCCAACGUGAACGUGAUUGAUUUGUAUUUUUGGCACCUUGGUUUGGAAAACAGCAAAAGCAUUUCCCUAUGAUUGGCUCAUUCUGGAAUCUGUGCAGAGCGUGCCCAUCAAUGCCGGUAGACAAGCAGCUCCACUCAGAGUAUCGGAGCACUUAUCGUUGGCAUGAAUUUACGGGCAACUCGCGGCCAGAGGUUGUGCGACGGGCGCCAGCCCCAAACCCAAGUCAAUUUGUCGGGCCGACAAAUGAGCCGCCAUUGCCGCGACGGAAAAAAUGUCCAGAAUUAGCAUAUAAAUCGCACGAGUUUAUUAUAGGAUCGGAAUAUACAGACGCACGACGAGAUGCCAGUGCUCAUCGUUUGGCGAGAUCGGAGGAGCGUGGUGGCACACCAUCGCGCCGCAGCAAAUCGGAGGGACCACCCGUCGUGCCCAAUGGACGUGCGUAUCCCAUUGCAACGGAGGUCGACGGAACCACAAGAAAACAGGCGGGUGAGUCAAAUGGGCUAUUCAAAAAGACCAUCACUAAAUUGAGCACUGAGUACCGCCUGCAAUUCGUUUGGCCCACUGUCCGACGGAUUAAGGGCGGCGGCGAGGCGACGUCUAGGGCCGCUGCCGGCGAUUAUCCGAGAAAGUCCAUAUCGCUGGGCGCCCUUCGGUCCGGCGGCCAAAGUCACAGUCACACCCAAAACCAGAGUCAGAGUCUGACCCAAACCCAGAAUGGUCACACACAUCACACGAUGAUGGGUGGCGGUGCCGGCUUGCCUACGGUGCAUAAAAAACGUACAACAAAUCAGAAAGAAGCUACUCUACAUGAGUUGGAGCCCUUGGUUAGCGAUACGGAUGAUAGAAAAACGCACGAGAAACAAGUGACCAUUGUGGAGCGCAAGAUCACCUCGCGUCCGUUCUCGCAGGCCAUCGACCAGGAGCGUCUCAACCACUUCAUCACGAAAAAGGAGAACUUUGGCUUCGCCGAUGCUGCCUCGGCCGCCGCAGCUCUCAAGGAUGAGGUGGACAACCGGCAGCAAGCCGACGAAUCUGGCCAGGUGGUCAUGAACGGAUCCGCACCGCCGCACUCUAAGCCGAAUUUGGAUUUGUGGUUCAAGGAGAUGGUUGAGCUCCGCAAAAAAGCCGGCGAGUACAAGUGUCGCGGCUGGGGCAUAGAAAUCGAUCCGGAAUUGUACAAGAAACAGAAGGAUCUGUGGGAUCAGGUUUCAAAACGCAGUUCACUUUCAGCACUUUCCCUAGCUUCGACUGUUCAUAGGCCCAUUACAAAGGAGGAGAAAGAACAGGAGAACAAUAAGAAAUCCACGCCAUUGCAAAAGACCCAGAAGCCUCGUGUUCCUGGCCAAGCUUUCUUGAUUGAUAAUAAGGAUGAGAUUUCAGCACUGCCAGCACGCUUUAACAAUAUACGUCAUCACCUCGAACGCACCACGGGUCCGGAUGUGGAGGAGGGCGCUUUGUUACCCUCGCCCACGCGCGAGAAACUGAUGCCGGCCUUAACCAAGCGGGAAUCGGAAUCCCAGCGGGGAAGCCCCAAAAAGUCCGCCUUGUCGAGGCACGGAUCGCCCCAAAAGGGGAGUCCUCAGAAGGGCAGCCCUAAGAAGGUCCUCAAAACCCGGUCGCAAUCCGCGGGUCCGGGCGUUGCUGAGAAUGAGUCACCGAAGCGCCAGAUCCGGUCGGCGAGUCAGGCGCCCAGCAGCCGUAAAAAGACGCCGACUACCGGAACCGGAAGCGAACGCAAGGCACGCCCAUCCACCCUAUCCACAACAUUCCAAUCCCGCAUUAAAAGUAGUUCCCUGCCACCGUCCAACGGUAGAGUAGCCUCAGCGCCGACAGCAACUGCAACAGCAACUGCAUCAGCAGCAGCAGCCCGAGCGGUAGCCGCAGCAACAUCAGCAGCUAAAUCAGCAUUAAACGCUAAUCAGCCUCAUGCUAAUCAAUCACAAUCAUCACAAGCCAAGAGCGGCAGUGUCAAAAUUACAAAACCAUCGGCAACAUCCGCCCAACAGCAGCAACAGCAAAUGCGUAAGAAAGACAAAGAUAGAUCGAAUAGUAGUUGCAUUGGCAAUGGUAGUCAUGUUAGUGCUGGUAGCGGUAGUCAAGCAAAUAGUGCCAAGCAUAUGCAGAACAAGCAAAAACAACAACAACUACAGCAGCAACAGCAACAUCUAAAGAAACAACAACAACAGCAAUCGCAACAGCAACACGAUGUUGCAGCAGCAACAGCAGCAGCAACAUUGGCUCAUAACCCAACCCGGCCUGCAACCAUCAACAUCAAACGGCUCACGGUACCAGGUCAGGAUAGAAAAUUGGCUGAAAACGAAGGCGAGGAUGGUCGUGAGACUGCAAUUUCCAUUUCCAGCUGCAGCCCCCAGCCUCCCGUGCCGGAAGUACCCGAGGAGCCCCUGGUGAAGUCUCCACCAGAACCGACCCGGGUCAAGUCCCCGGAGCAGAUUAUAAUGCGCUCUCCCGAUCCAGUCAACUGGACGGUGCCACUUGACACUGGCAAAACCUUCACCGUCACGCAGAAUGUCAAAGAUGGGGAGAACUACAGCCGACCUCAGAGCGAGAUAAAAGCGUCGACACCGGUGGAGAAGCCCCCACCGCCACCACAAUCGGCACCGCCACAACUAACCGAACAGGCUAAAAUGGACGCCUGGAAGACCUGCAGUCCAACCACCAGUGCCGCGGUCUACGGCAAAACGCUGACUCCCCAUGCCACGCCAGGCCAGCCGGGCGGGGCGGUGCGAUGCACUGCCGCCCAGGACCAGCCGUCUCCACAGCCGGAUGCUGCGAUGUCGUCCUCCUCGUCGACGGGCACGGCCUCCACCGCCCGGACAACUGCCGCCGAGGUCCUGGAGAAGGCCCGCGACAGAUUCGAUCGAUUCUGGGGCAGCAGCGCCAGCAAGGAGGAGAGCGUCUAGAUCCUGGAUACGAGGUGUUAGAUCGGGUACUCAGUGCUUUUCAAGUGCAAAAUGUAUUCCUUAAGGCAGUUAGUUGGCCCUUAAUAGCAAGCAAUUAUGAUACGUAAUAGACGUUAUGCAAUACCUAAACAUAUACCCCAUUUAUCCUCCCUGAGAGUGUGAUUGCAGUGCGACAUGGUUCUCCAAGCAAAUGAAAUUAAUAUUUAUGUUCCAAAAAUAAUUUUCAAAUUUUUCAAACCAAAUUGGAUUGCUUUUAUGGUCACGAUUCAAUGUGCAUUAGCUUAUAAACUUGCUAAAAAUUAAAACUUUCAGAAUUACCAUCAUUUAAUAAAGUUGUUAAAAUCCGAGACAUCACAAACUUUCCAGACUCUUUUUGAAAAUUACUACAAUUACUUAGUUUUUCCCAUAUUAUUGAUUAAACUUAUAUUAGCAAAAUAUAUUUAUUUUUUAAGUUAAGUCUUUAUUCUAUUCAAAUUUUGUGCAAAAUAAUAUUUAUGAUCGGUUAGAAAAUAUAAAAGGAUAAAUAUGGAAAAGUAUGUCGCAAUGAAAUCAGGAUAAGGAUAUGAGAAAUUUCCGUUUCGACUUGGCUUGAAUAAAAAGUUAAAUUCGCUUUUGGUUUCCUAGUUAAUGUGCUGCAAGCAAAUCUAAUCAGGCCAAAUGUCAUCUAACGACACGAGCAUUACAGCAAAAAUUUAUUUAUGUAAGACACUUUCACUGCCUUUACCCAAACGGAAAACAAAAUCAAACCAAUGUUGUAUACUUUGCAAUUAACCCAAAAAACUUUGCAAUAUUUCGAUAUCAUUAAACCAUACAAUUAAAUAUUUAAAUGGGACAAACAUCACCGCAAAGACCCGUCCAAAAAGUGAGGCCAUUCGACACGAGAUAUACUCACAUUUUUGUAACUUGCAUUAGUUGAGUAACCAAGCCGUAUAUUUGGGUAAUGCAUAAGGUGAUCUAAGCUAAACUGCUGAUCCGUCAUAUACCAAAAGUUGAUAAUAGAUUUUGCACAUGAAUUACAAAAGGAAAAAACAAAACAAGACAACAUGAUGUUAAGGAUAAUUUAAGAUACAAUUUGGCUAAUACAAACUUAAGGCAAAUGAUGAUUAAAACACAAUAACACUACCCAAAUAUUGCGAAAAGAUGAGAUUAUGCUUUGAAAAGCUGUGAAACUAGUUUCAGACAUGCCUUUCUUAUAAACCUAUAACAUGUCUGUAAAAGUAGCCGAUAUGAAACAAAAUGAUCAAAUAAAAUAAAAAAACUUAAUCAAUUCAAUAAUGAAGUCAAAUGCUUCCCAAAGGGCAACAGCUUUGAGAACGUCGAUGUAAUUUUUACAAGAAUUUGUUAGAUUUGUUUUUUAAUCUCUCUGAGUGUAGACAGUGCUUCAGUACAAACUUAUUAGCAAUUAAAACUCAGUUUGGCCGACAUUUUUUUUCCAGUAGGUAAAAUGCUUGAAUUUAAACCUCGUAAAGGAAAAAAACAGAAAAAAAUAAAAACCGUGUAAGCUGAAGUUAAAAUUUCAUUACCCAUAAGUUGUGUGAUUUACUUCAGUAUUGAGCUUAAUUGUUGCUUGCCUAUAUAUAUUUUAAUAAAAAAACAAAUGAACAAAACAAAAAAAAUUAAGAAGGAAAAUUACGACCUUCUAUGGUAUUUAUAAACAGUUGAGUAUUUUUUAUAUAUUUUUCAUGAAUGGACCUGUUUGUUAGUUGAAAUCGAUGAGUUGAUUACAGAACCUCUAAAAUAGUUACCAAGUUAAUGCAUAUAAUCAAGUGCCCCUCAGAACAAUAAUUGUUUAUUACGCUCAGUCUAAGAAUUCAAACACAUUCGAUCCCGUCAAAUGCAUUAGUUAGAAAUAAAUAAUAGGAAAACUAACUAAACUCCGGAAAUUCUCAAAAUACCAAAAAAACAAUAAAUAUUAUACGAAACAAACAGGAAUGCACACUUACAUACACAAACAGAACUAUAUUUCCAGUUAAAAUUUGAUAACAAAAACUUGACACCACUGAAAGGUAGACUAUGGUAGACUCUUAAACUCAUUUAGUUUUAAAUAUCGUACUUAAAAAUUUUAGGCAACUUUAAUAUGAAUCUACUUAAGAACGAACUUGAUAUAUAUUCUAGCUUGUUUACAAAAGAAUAUAAAAUGAUAAAAAAGAAAGAAAAGGAAAACCCAAACAAAUUAUAGCCCAAAAACGAAUAGGCGCACUACAAAGGCUUUUCUUUAACAACAAUGGGAGAAUCAAUUUUUAUAAACACCUUAUAUGAAAGUCAAAAUGAAAAAUUUUAUUUUUGGUUCACUCACGAAGUAAAAUAUUAAAAAACACCAAUCAAUUAAAUAUAUUUAAAAACCAGACUUUCACGCCUAAAUGCGCCCACAAUUUUAAGGACUUAAAAAAAGCGUCAUACGAAAUGCAAUAAAACCAAUAACGAUACACUCCAAAUGAUAAUUUUUUCUAAAUUGUCAUAAAUAAGGCACACCAAAUAGCCUUUAUAGAAAUGCUAAAUAACACAAUAUAAUAAUAUUAUGAAUGUACUUAAAAAAAAGUGGCAGAAUCGAAUAAAAGAGAACUAAUUGAAGUAAUAAAAUAGAGACCCGAAAGACAAGUGAUGGUAAAAUGAUUAUAACAAUGUAUGAACCAAAUAAAAAUGCAUAUAAACGUUUUAAAAACUAUGUUUUAAUUUUGAAACU